GGAAGGGAGAAGGGGGCAAGUGCUUUCUUUAUCUAGCCCCACUUUCCUCACUACAAUAAAAAAGAGAAAUAGACACACACACACAAAAAAAAAAACCCACUAGGACGCUCUCGCAGUAGUGAUCAAAUCAAAGAAAGAAAGAGAGCGCACACACUGAGUAGAUAGAUAGAGAGAGACAAAGAAAAGGACUCAUGAGAAGAGCAACAAAACCAAAGUAAAAAAGAAAAAGCGCAAACAGUCCCCGAAAAAGAAAAAGCAAAAAGAGAAAGCAGUUGAGAAGAAGGGGAAGGUUUUGAGUUGGUUAUGGUGGAAAAUCUAAUCGAGACGGUAGAGCAACAGGAGCAGCUUAGGGGCAAUAUCGUCAAUUUUGCAGAUUCACAGCUCUCACAAUCUCCAUGCUUGUUCUGUUCUUCACAUCGGUGGUGGGACCUAAUGUUGUUGAAUCAAUCAGCACAAAAAUCAGUAAACUGGGUGGAGUAUUCAUCGGCGGCGUUGGGGGUGGUUGGAUGGAACGUCAACAACCUUCUAAUGCCGGUAUAGCUUUUGCUGUCACGGCCUUGGCCGGUCUCGCCUUGGCCGCCGCCCUUUUCUACACUACUAGAGGUCAUCUCAAAUCACCAUGGUCUCGUAGAAAAAGAAAACGUGCUCUUGCACCCCAACAGUGGAAAAGCCUUUUCACACCAGAAGGAAAAUUUCGUGAUGGUGGAAUUAAAUUUCUAAAGAAAGUCCGUAGCGGAGGUGUUGACCCAAGUAUCAGGGCUGAGGUUUGGCCAUUCCUCCUGGGAGUCUAUGAGUUGACCAGCUCUCAAGAAGAAAGAGAUUGUAUAAGAAAUCAGAAGAGGAGGGAGUAUGAGAGCCUUCGUAGAGAAUGUCGCAGACUGCUGAAACGGAGUGGGACUUUUAAAAUGAGGGAGACUGGUGGAAUGGGAAGUGAUGGUGAAGGAAAUAUCACUGAAGGGAUGGAUUCCCCCGACUAUGAAGAUGUUGUUACUGCCCGGGAAUCUCUCUCCAGUGAGGACAGGAGCACAUAUGUCGAGGAUUCUGAUAAUCCCGGUGGUACAAUAUCAGAUGAUAUUUCCAGUUCCAAAAGAGUGACGGAGCCAAUUGAUGUCUCUGACUCUGAGUCAUCAGACUCAGAUUCCUCUGCAGAUCCUGAUAUCAGUCAAACUGUCGCCUCCGCAGAAAGCAUGGAUGAGAAUACUGCUGAAGUGACCUCUAAGGAGGACUCUUCUUCUUCAAAGACAGAAGUUCAGUCACGGCCCUGCAGUGCAGAAGAUUUUGCUACAUGGCAACGAAUAAUUCGGCUUGAUGCGAUUCGUGCUAAUGCCGAAUGGAUAACAUACUCCCCAUCUCAAGCUGUUGUAUCAGAAAGCAGGGCACACCGUUUAGCAGAGGCUGUGGGAUUGAAGGACUAUGAACACCUAGAGCCCCCUAGGAUCCUGCAUGCUGCUCGGUUAGUCUCCAUUCUUGAAGCCUAUGCGCUAUAUGACCCCGAAAUUGGCUAUUGCCAGGGAAUGAGCGAUUUGCUUUCACCUAUUAUUACUGUAAUGACAGAGGACCAUGAAGCUUUUUGGUGCUUUGUUGGUUUCAUGAUGAAGGCUCGGCAUAACUUCAGGCUUGAUGAGGUUGGAAUCAGGAGACAGCUGAACAUUAUUUCUAAGAUCAUCAAACAAAAGGAUUCACAUCUCUAUCGACACUUGGAGAAGCUCCAAGCAGAGGAUUGCUUUUUUGUGUACAGAAUGGUGGUAGUUCUUUUCAGGAGAGAAUUAAAUUUUGAGCAAACACUUUGCCUGUGGGAGGUAAUGUGGGCAGACCAGGCUGCUAUUAGGGCUGGGAUUGGGAAAUCUGCCUGGAGUAGGAUUAGGCUGCGUGCCCCACCAACAGAUGAUCUCUUGCUUUAUGCAAUUGCAGCAUCUGUAUUGCAACGGAGGAAACAGAUCAUAGAGAAGUAUAGUAGCAUGGAUGAAAUUUUAAGGGAGUGUCAGAGCAUGUCUGGUCAACUAGAUGUAUGGAAGCUUCUAGAUGAUGCCCAUGACUUGGUAGUCACUCUCCAUGCUAAGGUAUAGACAUCUUUGUUAUGGUGCUUUCCAAGACUUUACACUAAUUUAUUCUCUUUGCUGCUACAAAGUUAUUUUGUGGGAUGAUGCUACUAAACACUGCAUGCAUCUCUGGUACACACGAAGAACUGCUCUACCUGAAGACAGCUUACGGUCAAGGAGUGCUGGUGCUUUUCUUUUGCUAAAGAACAUGCAAACGUCAAAAGAAUCUGCACUUAGGAAAUAACUUAAGUGACUUUCUCCUAAAUACAGGCUUGCAAAUUGCUUGAAUUCAGUGUAGCAAUUCGCUGGAAGCCUGUUAGGUGUACCAUGCUUGAUAUUGAAUUUUUAACUUGGUUCUCUUGUUAAUGCUCCUAAGAUGGCUUUUAUUUGGAGUAUUUUAUCUCCUGUUGCCCAACCUCCCCCAGGAAAAUGGGGCUCCAUUUCGAGUGUUCUCUUUGAACAUGGAGAUGGGAUUGUGGGUGAUAGAAUAGCUUGCCCCUUCUCACGCACUGGUUGGUUUGUAACUUUGGUGAACUGGAAAAUUUGACUUCGUAAUCAUCAAAGCAAUAGCUAUAUCAUGAGCAUUUGAAAUCUUAAA